CAGACCCAGAAAGAGAACCCAGGAGUCCUGGCUCUCCUCCCAGCCCCCACCUCCCAGUGGCUAUUAAUAUCCUCCGCUCUGGCUACACCCCUCCCACGCCCUGUAGCCAAUCUCCGGGGUGUCAGAGCUGGGCUGCGGGGCAGGAGGAAACAGAAACCACCUGACUUUUUACUUUCGUUUCCCCAGGCGAAAAUCUUGGACACUGGCAGAGCGAGCAGUGGGGCAGGUAACGGGGGGGCAACUACCAUCCCCGGGGGGCAGAAUCCCCCCCUCCAGUCUACCCCCCCCAGGGGGCAGGCUCGUCCCCCACAACCCACCUGAGACCUGAAUUGCUGGUUUCGAAGCAGUGGCACCUGGGAGGCACCUCAGUUCUCCAGCAGAGUUUGGCUUUAGCCCCAGCCCAGGAGGAGGGGAAAGUGGAGCUCGGCCUGUCAUCCGCCGCAUUAUGGGAAAUGCGAACAAUAAAGGGCCAAUCCCAACCCCCUCCUUGAAGCCACCUCCACAGGGAAUGGUGAAGCGACUCCAGGAGGACGUCACCUGCUCCAUCUGCCUGGACAUCUUGAAGGACCCUGUCUCCAUCGACUGUGGCCACAACUUCUGCCGGGGCUGCCUCGUGGCUCACUGGAGCGGGGUCUCGGCCUCGGGGUCCCAGUGCCCGGAGUGCCGGGCUCCCUGCUCCAGGGGCAGGAUGAUCCCAGACACACGUGUCAAAAGCCUGGUGGAGAAAAUCAGAGACCUGCCGUGCAAAGAGACGCUGACAGCAACAGGGAGCCCUGAGCAGGGGCCAGGGGCUCAGCCGGAGCCGGGGCGCCCGGUGCAGCUGGUGCGUCUGGACGAGGAAGGGGGCCUGAUGCUGGAUGAGGAGGCCCUGAGCCGCUGCCUGGAGCAGGGUGGGGUGGGGAAAGCCCCCGUUUGCCUGGUGUCCAUCGUCGGGGAGCAGCGCCGGGGCAAAUCCUUCCUGCUGAACUACCUGCUGCGCCGGCUCCAGAACCUGGAUGUGAAGGACGGAUCCUGGAUGGGCCGGGAGGAGGAGCCCCUGGAGGGGUUCGAGUGGCGAGUUGGCACCCGCAGUGUCACCAAGGGGGUGUGGGCCUGGAGUCAGCCCUUCUGGGUCCCCAGGGAGCGGGAGAAGGUGGCUGUGCUGCUGGUCGACACCGAGGGCUCCAUGGACAUUGCCAGAGGCACAGAGACCAGCGUCAAACUCUCCGCCCUCUCCAUGCUGCUUGGCUCCUACCAGAUCCUGAAUGUUUCCAGCCAGAUAAAGGACCCUGAUCUGGAAUAUCUGGAGAUGUUUCUGCACGUGGCCGAAGAGGUGGGAAAGGAAUACGAGCUGGAGUCCAUUCAGCACCUAGACCUGCUGGUGCGGGACUGGAGCAGCUCUGUGGUCCUUGGAAGCGACGGUGGGGAGGAGCAUCUGAGAGACGUCCGACAGAUGCUGGAGGCGACAUCCCCUUGCAAACACCCCAGGGCCCUGGAAGUGCUGAGCAGAAGCAGCAGCCGCUGUUACCUGAUGCCCUUCCCUGGCAAGCGGAUCAUGACUGGAAACCAGGGAAGCCUGAGAGACAUGGAUGAGGAUUUCCGGGACAGCCUGAGGGACUAUGUCACCACCCUGGUGGGCUCGGUCGGUCAGCACAUCUGGAGGGACCGGCAUGGGGCGCUGCUCACUGGGACACAGCUCGCUGCCAAGAUAAAGAAAUUCUCUGAUCUGAUGAAGAAACAUCAUUGUGGCUUCUCCUCUCCCGCUCAGAUGGCUAUCGCCUUCCACAACCAGAGAGUCCUGGACAGAGCCCACGCAGACCACGCUCUCUUUCUGAAGGAGAAGGACGGCGACUCCCAGAAUAUGUUUACCUGCCUGAAGGUGUGGCCGAGCAAGAUGACAGAGCAGUUUGCGGAGCGGCGCGGGCACUUGCUGUGGCGAUGCCGGACGGACAUGCAGGAGCCGGCACCGGAGAAAGAGGCCCUGCUGACGGAGCUGGAGGAUUUGCUGACACAGGAGGCUGAGACCUUCCUGAAGACCUACGGGAAGCGCUUCAAGAAAUUCGCCAUUGUGGCGGGCGUGGGGGCGGGGGCGCUGGUUCUGGGACCGGUGUGCGGAGCUGCUGGCGCCGGGAUCGCUGGUGCUGUCAUUGCUGCCGAGGCGGCUGGGGCGCUCGCCUUGACUGAGGUGGUGGCCAUAGGGGUUGGGACGGGCGCUGCAGCUGGGAUUGUCGUGGGUGGGGGCGUGGGCGGGGGAGUUGGUGGGAGCAUCGCACGGAAGGAUAGGCAGAGGGCUGAGGCUGCUGGUGGUGGGAGGGAGGAGGAGGACAGAACUGAGGAUCUAUCCGAUGACAGCCCCCUGAUCUGAUCGGUGUGUCCCUCUCCCCCCGAAUCUGGGGCUGACAAAUGGGGUGACGGGGCUGCAGCGUGGCCCAGACACGUCCUCCAGAAGCCACCCCAGAGCAGGGAGCCGUCGCCCACAGCUUCUAAGAAGGGACAUUUUAGAUCCUCUCGUCUGACCUGCUGUGCCACCCAGGCUGGAGAACGCCGCCGACUUCCCCUUGCAUUGGGCCCGACAUCUCCUGUUGCACUAAACCAUCUCCCGGAAGGCGGCCAGUCUGGCUCAGAAACCAGAAGAGACAGAGACCUCACCGCUUUCCCACUGGUGAAUCACUCGCGCUGUGAAAAAUCCGAUGCCUCGUUUCUGAUGGGAGUUUGUCUGGCUUUAACUUCCAGCCCUCGGUUCUCGCUCUGCCUUCCUGCGACGUUGCAGGGCCACUCUGGCUGUAACGUGAAAUGCUUAGAAACGCCUGGCCGAUGGUCCUGUCCCGAGAUCACCUGCUGAGGUGACAACAGGCGCCAGGCUGAGUUCCUACAACGGCAGUCGUGUGGUCCGGUCCUGGGGGACAGAUCUCCAGCCGCCCCUCUGAGCGGGAAGGCGGGUUCUGGGGAGAGGGCACAGGAAGAUGUGGGUUCCCUGCUCUGCCAGAGACUUCCUCUGUGACCUUGGCCAAGUCCCUUAGUUUCUCUGUGCCUCAUAUUCCCAUCUGUCUAAUGGGUAAUAAUGCAUUGGAAGAUGGUGAGGGGUUUGAGCUCCACUGACAGAAAACGCUACCCAAGAAACAGGCAUCGUUAUUUAUUCCGGGGGAGGGCUAUAAAACCAUCCGAAGCUAAGGGGAAUUGUUUCUACACCCAUGAAUGUACGCCGAGCAGGGGACACCCUUUGGCCAUCUCCACAGGAAGGCUCAGCUCCUACCCUUCAGUGUUGAUGAAAGGCCAGGACUUGGGCGUGGGGAUUUCCAACCAAUGAGACCUCGGGCUAGUGGGAUGCUCCAGCUGUUCCACGCCAGCCUCUGCAGGCACCUACGAUCCAACAGAGCUCAGAAGCGUGAGGUACGGGGUCAGCUCCAUCCUGGCCUGUCCGUGGUGAGUCGGGAGCGCCCCUUCCCCUGACAGAUUCCAAGGCCUGGGUAACACAGGCACGACCCUGCCCUGAAUUAAUUCCUGUUUGAACUAGAGCGACAUGUUAGAGAAACUUCUCCCUCACUGGGCAUUUUUAAAUCGAGAUGGGAAUCUGCCACAACCCUCGGGGAAUUGUUCCAGUUGUUCUCACUGUUAAAAAUUUCUUCCUUACUUCCAGUCUGAGUUUUGUCUAGCUUCAGCGUCCAGCCAUUGGCACAUGUUAGACCUUUCUGUGCUAGACUGAAGGACCCAUUAUCAAAUAGUUGUUCCCCAGGUGGGUACUUUAUGCCCUGGGAACUAGUCACCCUUUAACCUGCUCUUUGAGUCCUAUCUUCCUAAGAACUGCUUGGAAACCUAAUAUCCAGGGCUGCAGGUUUUCAGAGGCUGGACCUCUCGGUAUGUAGCAAGAGAGAAUAGAAGUAUGUGAGACUAUGGUCAGCACAGUGUUCAAUGGGAGAGAUUAGGGUUGUUCUGCUGGAAAGUGGCCAGGCAACGGGUCGUGGGUGCAGGACGGUCUCAGAGCAAUGGCGGCAUUUAACCAUUCUCCAUUGUGCCCAACAGGAGAAAAGAUAUUUGGGGUAUUGUGUUAGGGGGUCAAUGUACAGAUGAGCGUGUGCGUGUGUUGGAGCACCUGUAAAUGACCGCCGUGGGGAGUGCUAAAGACUAAUCUCCCAGAUUUAAAUAACGAUGAAGUUCUGACUCAUCGAACCUUGAAUGGUGAGUUCCUAGUUUUGGGACAAGUCUCCACAGAAACCGUCAGUUCUGAUUCGGUUAGGGGAAGAUGCAACUUCUGGUUAAUGGAAGGGCUUUAAAAUGCUCCAGGGGGGAAUUCUGCACCAAAAAAUUAAAAAUCCUGCACAUAGUUUAAAA